CAGCGCUCGCCAGUAUUUCCAAAGCCGCGUACAUCGAUGGAUCGCCCCGCGAUCGUCUCGUGAGCCCGUUGAGCUCCCCACGCUCGGAUGCCACCACGUCAUCCCCUUUUCGUUAGCGUACCGCAGCUCGUGCUGAUCCGCGAAGGAUCGCGGGACGUCGGCGACCCUGUGUCGCGGGAGAACGGCUCUCCGUAGGGAAACGGCCGAACCAGUCGCACAGACGGAGAGGGAGGGAAGUGACACGUUGCGAUACGAUCGAUCCAACGGCGAAGUUACGCGCCUUCAAACGAACAGCCUCCUCGAAACCGAUCCCCUGUGAACAAUGUGCUCGUGACAGGGAACACCACGUUACCCGGGAGUCGGUGACGAUCCUCGGAGUUCUCCGCCAAGGAAGUCACUUCGGUCUUCACGGCCUCGUGGAGUUCUCGUCGGUGGGGAGGGGGCCGCGGAGGAGAGGACGAAAGAACACAGUGAAAGAUACGCCGAACACCACGCCGGGAGAAGGAAACGGAUAAAACGUGGGCGUUGAGUGAUUGUUGUCGGUGCUAGUUUCCAUUCAGAGUCAUGAGAGAUACCAGCAAUAUGAUGGAGGACGCCCUGUCCGAGGACACGAUGAUGGACUGCGGGGGUGACGGAGGAGGGUUGGAGGACCUCGUUGAUCUGGCGACCGUCGUUGCGGAUUCAUCCCCGACAAUUCGAGAAGCGGCGGAGAGACUGCUAACGUUGUUGGGCAUGGAGGACGAGAACGAGGACCUGUUGUCCUCUUCGGAGGACGAAGGCGUGGACCUGGACGCUGACGAGCUGGACGAGGAAGAAGAGGAGUUGGAGAAUACCAGACUGCUGCACCAGCUGGCUGCCUCGCUAGCGGAGGAAUUGAAGCAGUCCCAACAAAAGCAGAAUCCGAUCAGACUUCUGGCGAGGAGUUCGUUCGAUAGGGAUCGCAUGGACCUGGCUGACACCAGCUACACGGAACAUGGUUGCCUUCAGGAUCAAGAGGUGAAGGGGAGCCGUUAUCAAGAGACGGUCCCAGAAAGAUGUCAGAGACAGGACUCGUCCCGUUCGUUCACCAAGGAACAUGGCUUCACGGAGUUUUACGAGUGUCUAGACCAUCGUCUCAGAAUGGACUCGGAGCCGGAGGACGUCGGUGGUCGCCAGGAACAAGUCCCAAUGUCCUGGGGCGCCGGUUGGGAUGCCUGCGCAGCGGAAGCGCUGCGAUAUCUCGUGGAGGACGAAGGACUCCCGCCACAUCAUCCCACGGUCCUGGCCAUGAAGGACCAUCUGGAAACGCAGAGGGAACGGACCUUUGCUCAGUAUACCGCGUAAACAAAUCCAGAUUUUAUCGGCCGCGAUGGUAUUUUUUUAAGGAAGCCUGGCUGGCUGGCUUCCCCUAGGAUGCUUUCAGCGAGGGCGAUCGAUAUCGAUUGGACGGUGUUUCCUGGUCGAGGUCGAGGAGCGAACACGGAUCGACGAUUUAAAGAGGUGCCAAAAUCUCUGCUUUUUCAGCUAAGAUUCAACCAUUUUCACUGUUUUAACUACCAAAUUCAACGUUUUGCAAUUCAAGUUCUUCUAGAAAUGUGUUCUUUUAUGCUUUCGUAAUAGAAACAGAAUUAAACUGGAAAUUUUAUAUAUUCCAAAUUGUACUGUACGCUUAUAUCUAUAACCCUCUGUA